AUGGCGCUGGCCGGGUCGCCCAUCUUCUCGGCGUUGUCCGCGGGAGGCGCGCGCGGGACACCGCGCGCGGGGCACCGGCCGGGCACCAUCCCGGGCGCCGCGUCCCGCCGGCGAGCAGGGGCGGGCAGGGGGCUGCUGCCAGGAUGUGGUCACCAGGCCGCCUGGGGCACUCCAGCUGGGCGGCCCGCCCGGGCCGCGAGGCUCAUAUCCAUCGAGCUCAUCAAGCAGACGCCUGGCAAGCUCUGGAGCCGCCUGAUGAAAGACGAGCGCAACUCCAAUCGCCCUGCGAGGGGCAGGGUCGUGCCGCUGGAGCUGGAGGAUGUGCCAUCCCGGGAGGCGCGGCGUCGUGGAGGCAGCGUGUGUGAGGCCUUGUGGGAGGCCGUGCAGACUGCGGGGUCGUUCGUCAAGGCGGUGUGCUGUGACGUCGAUUCUGAGGCCCAGGGGCACGCGAUUUCGAAGAUCGAGCGUGUGGCCGACGGCUCGCUGGUUCCGGGCGAGAUCUACCUCGAGGCGGCCGUGUGCGGGUACAGCGACGAGUCCUACGAGCGCUGGGCCGAGCAGCAGCGGGUGUCCUGGGGUGGUACAUGUGCCGGACGGAACGCCAAAACUGCGGGUGCGAGUGCAAGCAGCGCGGCUACCUUACGGUCCACGUGGACGAGCUCCAGCUUUUGGAUCCUUACGCUGUCGGCGCCCACGAGUGGGCGAGCGAGGGCGCUCGGGUGGUCAUUAGGCCUGUCCGUGGUCGAGCCUGCCGAGCCGCAGCAGCCGCGCCUCGUCUGCUACGGCAGCUACCCGCUGGGGGCCAUCGAAUCCACCGUCACACGCCGCCGCCGCCCCGUGCAGGACGCAGGGCAGUGUUACGACGACGUUAUGACGACCAGGCGCGACUCCCUCGACGAGGUUCUCGCGGGCCCCAUGGACGCCUCGUGGGCCCUGCAAGUGGGGGCGGCCAAGGCGAAGAGCAGUCUGGCGUGGCACGUCUGCGCACUUGCGCAGGUUCUCGCGGGCCCCAUCGCCUCGUGGGCGGCCACGUCUGCGGAGGCAAGGGCGCAGAGCAGUCUGGCGUGGCACGUCUGCGCAGGCGAGGAGUGCGAGAUCAACCUCGACGCGCAGGGCCAGGACUGGGCCCCCCCCUCACCCGAGUUUGCGAGGCACGGAGUCUCGGAGGUCUCGGUCCUUCCGGAGAUCUUCGGGGCUCUCUGGGGGUCCAGGUCCCAUGGGGUUGCGUCGGGCGUGUGCCUCGACAGGCUCCUGGAGACCGUGAACUUCCUGCACCCCGGCACGGGCUUCGGCGAUCUCGCGCUGCAGUCCGACGAGCCGCGCCGGGCCACCGUGGUCUGCAGCGAGAGUAGCGAGUUCUUGGUCAUCACCCGCGCCGACUACCAGUCGUACGCGGACGCGCGGCACAGGGAGUUCCUCAGCGAGAGGGUGGAGUUCCUGAGGUCCUGCCCGUGCAUCCGGGAUGCCCUCCUGGCCUCGAGCGUGACGGAGGCGGAGGUGGCGGUGAUGGCCAACCUCCUCCACGAAGUUUGCCUCCACGGGCACGUCAUCGCGUGCAAGCAAGGCGACGAGGUCAGCGAGGUCAUAUUUGUCAGAUCUGGUCAGCUGCUGAAAAUCCGGGCCGUGGACGUGGCCGCCGCCGGGAGCAUCGCCGGCAACCCCCGGUCGCCGUCGCAGGCCGACCAGGCGAAGAUGCAAGAGCUAUUCACCGUCAAGAGAACGGCCCGCCGGACGAGCGCGAUGGAGAAACUGGACACAGACAUGCUUGACCCGCAGAGCAAGUCUUCCGCAGGCUCGAAGGAGCAGGCCCAGCCGCGCCAGCCCGGACAGGCCCCAGCUGCAGCGGCCAGCAAGUGGGCUCACUUGGAAAAGCACGCGAACAAACCCGACGCCAUCGAGACGUCGUCCGAGGCCCCGACCACUGCGGGCAAUGGUGGAAGGCACAUGCUUCUCUCCGUCGGCUUCGUCGGCCCUUUCGAGAGGUUUGGCGACCGCGAACUCUUUCUCGGCGAGAGGCACGCCGUGAGUUUGAUCAGCAAUCCAGUGGCGAAGUUGUACACGAUGAAGAGGCACGACAUCCUGAAGCUGCCCAAAAGGCUGCUGUCAGAGCUGUUUGGGCAGCAGGCCCUGUGCCUGCCGGACGACAGGCAGCUGCUCGCGAUGUAUCGGCGGGGGAAGAAGUGGGAUCAUUUCAGGAAGGGCGUGCACGUUCAGCACCGCCGCGGGGUGGACGCCGACAGCAACCUGGAGUUCCUAGGGGCGAGCGGCGGCGCCGCGGACGUGGACAGGGCAAGCGACCGGCGCCCGCCCGCGGACAGCAGGCGCGUAGGCCUGACCCUGGAGGAGGCCGAGGACUUCAGCCAGUCCCCCGCCUCCUUCCUGCACCGCUUCCACGGCAUGAGCCCCGACCAGCCGCCGUCGACGAGGGAGGGCCCCGCAGGCAAAGACACGCGCAACAAAGCAGGCCAGCGGCAAUGGGCGGCGUAG